GAAACGUGUGUAAAUUUCUUUUGCCGCUCUCAGUGCGAGAGAAGAUUGACAUUCUAGAGUGGACAAAGUCGCCUCUUGCGAGUUUCUCGCUGGUACGGAAUGAACUUUCUGUGCUAUCAGCUGUUGGUUGGAGGCCUUCUGUUAAUUACAGCGAACGAAGGGCAGACUACAGCUCCGAGGAAAGCAAGGCAGCUUGACGAAUUCUUCGAUAUCCCAGGAUCAUGUCCACAAGGUUGGAUAGGACACAAGGGAUCUUGUUAUUUACCUUAUGUUAACGGAAAGACUUGGCAAGAAGCAAACGGAACUUGUCGUGAAAUGGACUCGCACUUGGCCUUAUCCAGGAGCGUCACAGAAAACACAUUUAUAGCCGAACAAGUUGCCAGACCAGAAGCUCGCGUCUGGAUUGGUCUGAAACGGAACCGGGGCGAGUUUUUCUGGAGUGAUGGUACCAAAUCUGAGUUUACAAACUGGGCUAAGCGGGAGCCUAAAGAUGCCUCGGUUACAGGCAGAGAUUGUGUAACUCUACUUUCCGAGGACAUUUUCCACUCGUGGGAAGUAAGAGAUUGUGAGGAAAGACAGUCGUUCAUCUGCGAGAGAGACCAAGACGAAUGUUCGACAGAGUUUGGAAACUGUACAGUAAACGCCAAGUGUGUAAAUACAGAGGGAUCUUUCUACUGUGAAUGUAACAAUGGAUAUGUUGGAAAUGGAAGCACUUGCGAAGAUAUUGACGAAUGUAACUUACCUGGAACCAGUGUCUGCGACUCCAACGCCGGAUGCAAUAAUACUGACGGUUCUUUUAUCUGCUCAUGUAACAGAGGCUUCACUGGUGAUGGCUUAAACUGCGCAGAUGUAAACGAGUGCACAGAGGGCAGUUUUGAAUGUCUAUCCGGAGCCGAGUGUGUGAACACCGAAGGAUCCUACGCGUGUCAGUGCAGGCCGGGUUUAUCUGGAGAUGGAGGAAACUGUACAGACAUAGACGAGUGUGCCACUGGACAGAAUGAGUGUCACGGCUACGCAUUGUGCACGAAUACCUACAGUAGUUAUGUGUGCCGUUGUUUGAAAGGAUAUCGGGGAGAUGGCCGCACAUGCGAAGAUAUUAAUGAAUGUGACGAAGGAACGGCGGAUUGCGUUAACGGAGCCGAAUGUAUAAACGUAAAUGGAAGCUACACAUGUCAAUGUCCCGUGGGAUUUCAAAAGACUGCUGACAACUGUACAGAUAUCGACGAAUGUCAAACACCAGAGUCUCACAACUGCGAUGUUAACGCGCUUUGUACAAACAUAGAAGGUUCAUAUGUGUGCCGCUGCAAGAAAGGAUACGAAGGAGAUGGAAGUCAAUGCAUAGAUAUUGACGAAUGUUCCGUCGGUUCAGUCAACUGUGGCCCGGGAGGUGAAUGUAUUAAUUCCAACGGAAGCUUUACUUGCCAAUGUCAGGAGGGAUAUCAGAAGUCCGGAAACAACUGCAUAGAUAUCGACGAAUGCAGUUCACCUGGCUCCAAUCAAUGCAACGUAAAUGCGAUGUGCACCAAUACCGAGGGCUCAUAUGUCUGCCGCUGCAAGAAAGGAUUCAAAGGCGACGGAGUAACUUGCACGCUAACAGAACCUCCGUUCACCUGUAUCCCCGUAUGUGACGUCAACGCUGAGUGCAAGAACUUUACAGGAACUCCUAGCUGCAUGUGCAAGGCGGGGUUUGAUGGCGAUGGUGUCAAAUGUAAAGAUGUUGAUGAGUGCGUUUCUCCAGACUUAAACCAAUGUCACAAAAAUGCGAUGUGCACCAAUACCGAGGGCUCAUAUGUCUGCCGCUGCAAGAAAGGAUAUAAAGGCGACGGACUGACUUGCACUCCGGUGGAACCAUCAUUCAAAUGCGAUCCUUUGUGCGAUGUCAAUGCUGUAUGCAAGAACUCUACAGGAGAACCAGAGUGCAUGUGUAAGGCGGGGUUUGAUGGCAAUGGAACCACAUGCAUUGAUACAGACGAAUGUGCAAGUACUGAAAGAAACAGCUGUGACCUGAAUGCACUUUGUACGAACACAGACGGCUCCUACGUUUGUCGCUGUCUAAAAGGAUUUUCAGGAGAUGGGAAAUUUUGCAGACGGAUAGAAGGGGUUGUUUGCAACCCUCCUUGUACCGGAAACAAAGUGUGUCAAAAUUUCAUUGGAGUUCCAGACUGCGUGUGUGCUGAUGGAUUUAGUGGUGAAGACAAUUGCACAGAUGUUGACGAAUGUGCAGAAGAAGGCAACAACGAGUGUGACCCUAACGCCCUUUGCACCAACACAGAGGGAUCUUAUGUUUGUCGCUGUCUAAGAGGGUUUGAAGGAGAUGGCCGAAGCUGUGUAGCCGUCACACCGAUAUGCUCUCCACCCUGUGGUCCAAACUCGUUCUGUCAGGAAGGGUUGUGUGUGUGCGAUUCUGGUUUUCAAGGUGACGGAUACAACUGCAAAGAUGUUAAUGAAUGUGCGAGUCCAGACACAAACGGAUGUGAUCGUAAUGCUCUGUGCACCAACAUUGAAGGAUCUUAUAUCUGUCGCUGUCUAAAGGGAUAUCAAGGAGAUGGCCGCUUUUGCGCAGAUGCCGAUGAAUGUUCAAGUCCUGAACACGAUUGUCACUCCGACGCUAUUUGUAACAACACUGAAGGCUCCUAUGUCUGUCGCUGUUUAAAAGGGUUUACUGGCGACGGUAAAAACUGCACAGACGUAAACGAAUGCACCGAGGAAAAUCAAAACGAUUGCGAUCCCAACGCUCUUUGUACCAACAUCGAGGGAUCUUAUGUUUGCCGCUGCUUGAGAGGAUAUCAAGGAAAUGGAAGAAAUUGUACAGACGUAAACGAAUGCACCGAGGAAAAUCAAAACGAUUGUGAUCCCAACGCUCUUUGUACCAACACCGGUGGAUCUUAUGUUUGCCGCUGCUUGAGAGGAUAUCAAGGAAAUGGAAGAAAUUGUACAGUUGUCGUUCCCGGCUGUUCUCCUUCAUGUGGGUCGAAUGCUUUUUGUCAGCAAGACGAUGGACUCUCUUACUGUGAGUGUAAUUUUGGUUACCAAGGCGAUGGCUACAAGUGCACAGAUGUUGAUGAAUGCUUAUUUUCUGAAGCCGCUAGCACAUGUCACUCACGCGCGCUAUGCACCAACACAGAGGGAUCUUAUCUGUGCCGCUGUCUAAGAGGAUACGUUGGCGAUGGAAGAAACUGCACAGAUAUUGACGAGUGUGAAAGACCUGAAAACAACGACUGUGACACCAACGCGCUGUGUACUAACACCGAGGGCUCGUACGUGUGUCGCUGCUUUAGAGGUUUCAGUGGAGAUGGUAAAACAUGUGAAGAAAUAGAAGAGAUCGUUUGCGACCCACCCUGUACUGGAAACAAAGUUUGUCAAAAUUACAUAGGAUUUCCAGAAUGUGUGUGUACAGAUGGCUUCAGCGGGGAAGACUUUUGCACAGAUAUCGAUGAAUGUGCCGAUAAGGACCGAAACGAUUGUGAUCCAAACGCUCUUUGCACCAACACUGAAGGGUCUUACGUAUGUCGCUGUUUAAAGGGAUAUGAAGGCGACGGCAGAAAUUGCACAGUGUUUCCUGGCUGUUCUCCUUCAUGCGGCCCAAAUGCUUUUUGUCAGGGAAGAGGUGAAUUUGCGUUCUGUGAUUGUAGAGCUGGUUACCUUGGUGACGGAUAUAACUGCAGUGACAUUGACGAGUGUGCAAGUUUUGAAUUAAAUAACUGUGACGUGAACGCCUUGUGCACAAAUACUGAGGGUUCUCAUAUCUGUCGCUGUUUAAGGGGCUACAUUGGAGAUGGAAGAAACUGUAGAGAUGUAGACGAAUGCGCUAACGAAGACGAAAAUGAUUGUGGUCCAAACUCUCUUUGUACAAACACUGAAGGUUCCUAUAUCUGUCGCUGUCUAAAAGGCUAUAUUGGAGAUGGUAAAAAUUGUUCAGACAUCGACGAAUGUGUUGAUGAAGGCAAAAACGAUUGUCAUCCAAACGCCCUUUGCACUAACACCGAAGGAUCUUACGUUUGUCGCUGUUUGAGAGGAUACGAGGGAGAUGGAAGAAAAUGCACAGCCGUUGUACCAACCUGUUCUCCAUCUUGUGGGCCAAACGCUCAGUGUCUAGGAGGGGCGUGUGUCUGUAAUAUUGGUUUCCAAGGGGAUGGAUACAACUGCUCUGAUGAAGAUGAGUGUGCUUCAUUGGAAACCAACGCAUGUGACUCAAACGCUCUUUGCACCAACACAUACGGCUCGUAUGUCUGCCGUUGUUUAAAGGGUUAUGUAGGGGAUGGAAGGAGAUGUACAGACUUAGAUGAAUGCAGAAGUGCUACGAUUAACGAUUGCGAUCCCAACGCUUUGUGUACCAACACGGAAGGAUCCUAUGUGUGUCGCUGCUUUAAAGGUUUCAGAGGAGAUGGUAAAACGUGUACAGAAGAUUUCUCUUGCGACCCGCCUUGUGGUGAAAACAGAGUUUGUCAGAACUUUACUGGAGUAGCUGAAUGCGUGUGUGUAGGCGGUUUUGCUGGAGAAGAUAACUGCACAGAUAUUGAUGAAUGUGCCAGUGCAGAUACAAACGACUGUGGCCCUCUCUCGUUUUGCACCAACACCGAGGGAUCUUAUGUGUGUCGCUGCCUCAGAGGGUACCAAGGGGACGGGGAACGUUGUAUAGAUGUUGAUGAAUGUGCAAAUGCUGAUGGUAACGACUGUGACACCAAUGCCCUGUGCACGAACACUAAAGGAUCUUACGUCUGCCGCUGUAUUCAGGGAUAUGAGGGAGAUGGACUGGACUGUAUCGAUUCCAAUGAAUGCGAGAAUUCUGAAACAAACAGUUGCCAUUUGAAAGCCCUAUGUACUAAUACGGAGGGCUCUUACGUUUGCCGCUGUUUAAGAGGUUAUUGGGGAAAUGGCACAAUGUGUACAGAUGUUGAUGAAUGUGCGAAUGUUGAAACCAACGAGUGUGACUCCAACGCUCUGUGUACGAACACUGAAGGAUCCUACGUCUGUCGCUGCUUCAAAGGAUAUGAAGGGGACGGCAGGAAUUGCGCAGACAUUGAUGAAUUUGCGAAUGAAAUCGAAAAUAACUGUGAUCCUAACGCCCUAUAUACCAACAGCGAAUGCAAAGAUGUUGAUGAGUGUGCAAGUCCUGAUAAUAACGAUUGUCAUUCCAACGCACUUUGCACCAAUACUGAAGGUUCUUAUGUUUGCCGAUGUCUAAGAGGGUACAGUGGUGAUGGGAAAAGUUGCUCAGACAUUGAUGAAUGCACAAUUCCUGAAAGAAACGAAUGUGAUGCCAACGCCCUGUGCACUAACAUCGAGGGGUCCUAUGUGUGUCGAUGUGUCAGGGGGUAUGCUGGAGAUGGAAUAAACUGUUCAGAACAGCAAAGGAUGGAGCAAAAAGAAGACCUGUGUAGAGAUAGAUUUAGGAUGUUUGAAAAUACAUUAAUGAAUGCGCACGUGACGACAAUAACGAGUGUGAUGUCAAUGCUCUCUGCACCAACACAAAAGGAUCUUACGUUUGUCGCUGUUUUCAAGGCUACAGGGGUGACGGGCGGUUUUGCACUGUGUGACCCCAAUGCUCUAUGCAGCAACAGCGAGGGGUCAUACAUCUGUCGGUGUCUGAAGGGUUACAAUGGAGAUGGAAGACAAUGUAUAGAUAUCGACGAAUGCAGCGAUCCUGAAUUAAACCAAUGUCAUGCCAACGCUGUGUGCAACAACACUGAGGGAUCGCAUGUCUGUCGCUGCAACAGUGGAUAUCAGGGCGAUGGUAAAAAUUGCACAGCCGUUCUACCUGGUUGUUCUCCAUCUUGCGGUCCAAACGCAUUUUGUCAGGAUAGCGAUGGAUUUCCUAAAUGUGUAUGCAAUGCUGGUUUCCAGGGAGACGGUUUUAACUGUAUAGAUCUGGAUGAGUGCGAGAAUUCUGAUCUAAACGAAUGCGAUUCCAAUGCUCUCUGUACAAACGCGGAAGGUUUCUACAUCUGCCGUUGUCUUAGAGGAUACGAGGGAGAUGGCAGAUUUUGCGAAGAUAUUGAUGAAUGUGUAAAUGCUGAGUCAAAUAACUGUGGAGCUAAUGCCCUAUGCACCAACACGAACGGAUCAUACUCUUGCCACUGUAAAGCUGGUUACCAAGGAGACGGAGUGAACUGUACAGAUAUUGACGAGUGUGCCAGAAACGAUACCAACGAAUGCGAUCCCAAUGCAUUGUGUACUAACACUGAAGGAUCCUACAUUUGUCGCUGCCUCACUGGAUACAUUGGGGACGGCAGACGUUGUAAAGUUCAAGGCUGUGAUCCGAAAUGCGGCAACAAUUCUUACUGCGUCGAGGAUGAUUUCUUUCCUUAUUGUUCAUGUUCAAGUGGAUACACUGGGAAUGGCGACAAUUGCACAGAUGUUGACGAAUGUGAACAAGGAAAGAACCUUUGUCAUAUUAAUGCCCUAUGUACCAACACCCUGGGAAGUUAUGUCUGUCAGUGCAAGCCAGGUUUUAGUGGCGAUGGCAGAACUUGUGAAGAUGUAAACGAAUGUGAACAAGGAAAGAACCUUUGUCAUGUUAAUGCCUCGUGUACCAACACCCUGGGAAGUUAUGUCUGUCAGUGCAAGCCAGGCUUUAGUGGCGAUGGCAGAACUUGUGAAGAUGUAAACGAAUGUGGAAGUGCAGGAACAAAUGAGUGUGACAGCAAAGCCCAGUGUACAAACACAGAAGGUUCAUAUAAUUGUCGUUGUCUCAACGGAUAUCAGGGUGAUGGUAAAAAUUGUUCAGAUAUUAAUGAAUGCGCGAGCUCCGAAACAAACGAGUGCCACACCAAUGCGGUAUGUAACAACACUGAUGGGUCUUUUGUGUGUCGUUGUCUCGAUGGAUAUCAAGGCGACGGUAGAAGUUGCACAGAUCGUGACGAGUGUGUGGAGAAAAACGACACAUGCGCAGCUAAUGAAGACUGUGUGAAUACGAUUGGAUCGUACUCCUGUAACUGUUCCUCAGGGUAUACAGGAGAGGCUGGUAAUUGUCAAGAUGUAAAUGAGUGUUCAAGCCUUGAAAUGAAUGACUGUGAUUCCAAUGCCCUAUGCAACAACACCGAUGGAUCCUACCUUUGUAGCUGUCGUAGUGGAUAUCAGGGAGAUGGUAGAAGCUGCAAUGACGUCGACGAAUGCGAAAAUGGUGAAAACUCUUGCGAUGUUAAUGCGAAUUGCUCCAACACCCCGGGAAGUUAUGUGUGCAAAUGCAAACAAGGUUUUGAUGGUGCUGGUGAGACUUGCCGAGAUCUUGAUGAAUGCGCGGAUAAGGAUGCAUGUGACGCCAAUGAGAAAUGUGUGAACACAAUUGGUUCUUACUCCUGCAGUUGUGCCCCUGGGUAUGCUGGAGAGGCACGAAAAUGUCAAGAUGUUGACGAGUGUGCAAACCUUAAAACCAGCGAAUGUGAUCCCAAAGCGCUGUGUAACAACACUGACGGGUCGUACGUCUGUCGCUGUCUUAGUGGCUAUCGGGGCAAUGGAAGAAACUGCACAGAUAUCGAUGAGUGUGCCAUUGAUGAGACAAACGAUUGUCAUACAAAUGCUGUUUGCAACAAUACCGAUGGAUCCUACUUCUGUGGUUGUAAAACUGGAUACCAGGGGGAUGGAAGGAAUUGUACAGCUGUCGUCACUGGCUGUGUACCAGCUUGUGGAGCAAAUGCGAGCUGCCUGGAAACUGGUGCGCGUCCUAUGUGCGAAUGCAAUCCAGGAUUCGAGGGUGAUGGAUAUGUAUGUGCAGAUAUCAAUGAAUGUGGUAAUGGGCCAAACUCUUGUCACAAGAAUUCAAAAUGCACUAACACUCCAGGAAGUUAUGUUUGUCGAUGCAUUCAGGGAUUUUUUGGUGAUGGUCAUACAUGUAAAGACAUUGACGAGUGUGCAACCUCUGAAACAAAUGAUUGUGGUCCCAAUGCUGUGUGCAACAACACGGACGGCUCCUACGUCUGUCUGUGUGCCAGUGGAUAUAAAGGCGAUGGUAGAAACUGUACAGAUAUCGACGAAUGUUCCAACCCUGGAACAAACCAAUGCGCUCCUAACGCACUGUGCACCAACAACAGGGGAUCUUACACCUGUGGCUGCAGGGAAGGAUACAUAGGCGACGGGAAAAGUUGCACAGAUAUUGAUGAAUGCGAAAAACUCGAAGCCAACGAGUGUGCUCCUACCGCUCUAUGCAACAAUACUGAAGGAUCCUAUAUUUGUCGCUGUCUCAAAGGAUACACGGGAGAUGGAAAGAAUUGUACAGACCUUGACGAAUGUGCCAAGAAUGACACCUGUGCAGCUAAUGAAGUGUGUGUCAAUACGGUUGGUAAUUAUACGUGCAGUUGCGCCCCUGGAUACAGAGGGGAGGCAGGGAGUUGUCAAGAUAUCAACGAAUGUACAACUCCCCAGACGAAUCAGUGUGACUCAAAUGCGGUUUGCACCAACAGCGAAGGAUCAUAUCGCUGCCGCUGUCAAGAUGGAUAUCAGGGAGAUGGGAAAAACUGCUCAGACAUCGACGAAUGCGCAAACUCCGAAGCAAACCAGUGUGAUCCCAACGCUGAGUGCACCAAUACUAACGGGUCGUAUGUCUGUCGCUGUCUCAGUGGAUUCCAAGGCGAUGGAAGAAACUGCACAGCUAUCGUCUCAGGCUGCUCCCCAUCCUGCGGUCCUAACGCGAAUUGCCAGAAUCAAGAUGAGCGACCUGAGUGUGUUUGUAAAACUGGUUUCCAAGGAGACGGGUACCAAUGCUUAGAUGUUGAUGAAUGCGAUAGUAGCGAGCUAAACGAAUGCUCGCCCAACGCUGUGUGUAACAACACUGAAGGAUCCUAUAUCUGUAAUUGUGUGAGAGGAUUUGAAGGAGAUGGAAAGAACUGUACAGAUGUCGAAGAAUGCGAAAGUGGAGAAAACGUCUGCCAUGCUAACGCAAAGUGCUCGAACACCUUGGGAAGUUACGUGUGUCGUUGCAUCCGGGGUUUUGACGGUGAUGGCCUUACGUGCAUAGAUCGCGAUGAAUGUAAAGACACGAGCGACACAUGCGGUGUUGGUGAGGAGUGUGUAAACACGAUUGGGUCAUACUCGUGCAACUGCGCCUCAGGGUACACUGGAGUGGCCGGCAAUUGUCAAGAUGUUGACGAAUGUAUCACAGGAGAAGCGACCUGUCACGUAAACGCCCUCUGUUCCAACACGAUUGGAUUGUACGUGUGUAGAUGUAUAAGAGGAUAUGAGGGAGAUGGAAGGACUUGUAGAGAUGUCGAUGAGUGUAAGGAUGGCACAGCUAAUUGUCCCGUCAACACGGACUGCGUGAACACUGAGGGAUCGUACAGCUGCAGAUGUAACGAGGGAUACCGAAGGAAUGAGGCAGGAGACUGCACAGAUUUGGACGAAUGUUCUGAGGGACUUUCCGACUGUGACUCCAAUGCAUACUGCACCAACACUGACGGCUCGUUUAACUGCACUUGCAAUCCUGGUUAUACUGGAAAUGGAACGACGUGCAUCGCUGUGGGUGUUUGUGACAGGCCAUGCGCUGGCAACGAGGAAUGUUUAGAAGUAGAUGGCAAAUACCAGUGUACUUGCAAGUCUGGAUUCGCACGCUUGGGAGAUGUUUGCCUAGAUAUCAACGAAUGCGAGGCUGAAACAGCCGACUGCCAUAGCAAAGCAGAGUGCGUGAACACAGAAGGCUCGUACAACUGCACGUGCAAAGCAGGGUUUACUGGAAAUAACACAUUUUGCACAGAUAUUGAUGAAUGUGUUGCGGAUUUGACUGAGUGUGAUGUCAAUGCUGAUUGUCGAAACACCGAGGGCUCCUUUACCUGCGCUUGUAAGGCUGGUUUUACAGGCAAUGGAACAAGUUGUAAAGAUAUUAAUGAGUGUGAGCGAGACCCUACAGCAUGUGACAAGAACGCUCUGUGCAAUAACACGGAUGGCUCCUACAACUGCACUUGUAAAGAUGGCUUUCGAGGCAACGGAAUCAAUUGUACAGAUAUCGAUGAGUGUUUCAUCUUAAAUGUAACGUGCGGAAGUGGUGCCGAAUGUGUCAAUACAGAUGGUUCAUACCAAUGCCAGUGUUCCACAGGAUUCAAAGAAGAACUUGAUGGGAAUUGUUCUGACAUUAACGAAUGUGAGACAGGAUCUAACGAUUGCGAUGUCAAUGCUAAUUGUUCAAACUCCGAUGGAAGUUUUUCGUGUCUAUGUAAGGCUGGUUUUGAUGGAGAUGGCAAGGUCUGCCAAGAUAUUGACGAGUGCACAGCCAAUCCUUGUGAUGCCAAUGCGGCGUGCUUAAACACAAACGGCUCCUUUGAGUGUACGUGUCGUCCUGGUUUUGAUGGAGAUGGCAAGGUUUGCAAAGAUAUUGACGAGUGCACAACCAAUCCUUGUGAUGUCAAUGCGGCGUGCUCUAACACAAACGGCUCCUUCGAGUGUACGUGUCGUCCUGGUUUUGAUGGAAAUGGCAAGGUUUGCCAAGAUAUUGACGAGUGCACAACCAAUCCUUGUGAUGCCAAUGCGGCGUGCUUAAACACAAACGGUUCUUUUGAUUGUACGUGUCGUCCUGGUUUUGAUGGAGAUGGCAAGGUUUGCAAAGAUAUUGACGAGUGCACAACCAAUCCUUGUGAUGUCAAUGCGGCGUGCUCUAACACAAACGGCUCCUUCGAGUGUACGUGUCGUCCUGGUUUUGAUGGAAAUGGCAAGGUUUGCCAAGAUAUUGACGAGUGCACAACCAAUCCUUGUGAUGCCAAUGCGGUGUGCUUAAACACAAACGGUUCUUUUGAUUGUACGUGUCGUCCUGGUUUUGAUGGAGAUGGCAAGGUUUGCAAAGAUAUUGACGAGUGCACAACCAAUCCUUGUGAUGUCAAUGCGGCGUGCUCUAACACAAACGGCUCCUUCGAGUGUACGUGUCGUCCUGGUUUUGAUGGAAAUGGCAAGGUUUGCCAAGAUAUUGACGAGUGCACAACCAAUCCUUGUGAUGCCAAUGCGGCGUGCUUAAACACAAACGGUUCUUUUGAUUGUGCGUGUCGUCCUGGUUUUGAUGGAAAUGGCAAGGUUUGCAAAGAUAUUGACGAGUGCACAACCAAUCCUUGUGAUGUCAAUGCGGCGUGCUCUAACACAAACGGCUCCUUCGAGUGUACUUGUCGUCCUGGUUUUGAUGGAAAUGGCAAGGUUUGCCAAGAUAUUGACGAAUGUUUGAUCUCCAAUCCGUGUGAUAAAAACGCUGACUGUAAAAACACAAAUGGCUCAUUUGUCUGUACCUGCAGAAAAGGAUUCACUGGAAAUGGAACAUCCUGUGCUGACAUUGACGAGUGUUCAAAGAAUGGCAGCCCUUGUGACGAAAAUGCGGUUUGUUCCAACGAAGACGGAUCGUACACUUGCACUUGUAAAAACGGGUUUACAGGAAGUGGGAUAGUCUGUAAUGAUAUUGAUGAGUGCGUAACAAAUCCUUGUGAUGCUAAUGCAACCUGUUUGAACACCAAUGGCUCUUUCGAUUGUUCUUGUUUUCCCGGAUUUGAAGGAGAUGGAAAAACAUGUACAGAUAUUGAUGAGUGUGUGAUUUCAAAUCCGUGUGACAAAAAUGCGGACUGUGUCAACACCAUCGGUUCAUCGAUCUGUACUUGCAGGAUAGGAUUUACUGGAAACGGAUCAAUCUGCAGAGAUAUUGAUGAGUGUUCCACUAAUCCCUGUGAUGAUAAUGCAUUCUGCUUGAACAUCAAAGGCUCAUAUGAGUGCACUUGUCUUCCUGGAUUUGAAGGAGAUGGAGAAACAUGCACAGAUAUCAAUGAAUGUUUGGCCGAUCGCAGUCCGUGUGAUGUGAACGCUGCGUGCAAUAACACUGACGGCUCAUACAAUUGCACUUGCAAGGAAGGAUACACAGGAAACGGAACAUACUGCCAAGAUAUCGAUGAGUGUUCAGCAGAGCCACGUCCUUGUGACGAAAACGCUGAUUGUGCCAACAAUGAGGGUUCUUAUAGCUGUACUUGUAAACAAGGAUUCACUGGAGAUGGAUCAAGUUGUAAAGAUAUCGAUGAGUGUGCCGCAGAUACCAAUCCCUGUGACGAGAAUGCUAUUUGUACCAACAAUAACGGUUCGUACAGCUGUACUUGUAAACAAGGUUUUACCGGAGAUAACACAACUUGUGAAGAUAUUAAUGAGUGUUCUCAAGAUUCCAGUCCUUGUGACCAAAACGCUGACUGCGCGAACAGUAAAGGUUCUUAUAGCUGCACUUGUAAACAAGGUUUUAGCGGAAAUGGAACCUCUUGUAAAGAUAUCGACGAGUGUUCCGCUGACUCUGGUCCUUGUGAUGUGAAUGCCGAUUGCUCCAACAGCGCCGGUUUUUACAGCUGUUCUUGCAAGCAAGGCUUUACGGGAAAUGGCACAAUAUGUACAGACAUCAAUGAGUGCUCUGCAGUUUCCAAUCCCUGUGACGAGAAAGCUGAUUGCGGCAACAGUGAGGGCUCGUACAGCUGUGUUUGUAAACAGGGGUUCACUGGAAAUGGGACAGCUUGUGAAGACAUCGAUGAGUGCUCUGCGGAUACCAAUCCCUGUCACAAGAACGCCACAUGUGCCAAUAAUAUCGGUUCGUACAGCUGUACUUGCAAACAGGGGUUCACUGGAAACGGGACGGCUUGUGAAGAUAUAGAUGAGUGCUCUGUGGAUUUAAAUCCUUGUGACGAGAAUGCUGAAUGCGCCAAUAUUGACGGUUCGUACAGUUGUACUUGUAAAGAGGGGUUCACUGGAAACGGGACGACUUGUGAAGACAUCGAUGAGUGUUCUUCAGAUACCAAUCCCUGUAGCGAGAACGCUAUUUGCGCCAAUAAUGACGGCUCGUACAGCUGCACUUGUAAACAGGGGUUCACUGGAAACGGGACGACUUGUGAAGACAUCGACGAGUGUUCUGCAGUUUCCAAUCCCUGUGACGAGAACGCUGAUUGCACCAACAGUGACGGUUCCUACAGCUGUACUUGUAAACAGGGGUUCACUGGAAACGGGACGGCUUGUGAAGACAUUGAUGAGUGUUCUGCAGAUACAAAUCCCUGUGACAAGAAUGCCAUAUGUGCCAAUAAUAUCGGUUCGUACAGCUGUACUUGUAAAGAGGGGUUCACUGGAAACGGGACGACUUGUGAAGACAUCGAUGAAUGUUCUUCAGAUACCAAUCCCUGUAGCGAGAACGCUAUUUGCGCCAAUAAUGACGGCUCGUACAGCUGCACUUGUAAACAGGGGUUCACUGGAAACGGGACGACUUGUGAAGACAUCGACGAGUGUUCUGCAGUUUCCAAUCCCUGUGACGAGAACGCUGAUUGCGCCAACAGUGACGGUUCCUACAGCUGUACUUGUAAACAGGGGUUCACUGGAAACGGGACGGCUUGUGAAGACAUUGAUGAGUGUUCUGCAGAUACAAAUCCCUGUGACAAGAACGCCAUAUGUGCCAAUAAUAUCGGUUCGUACAGCUGUACUUGUAAAGAGGGGUUCACUGGAAACGGGACGACUUGUGAAGACAUCGAUGAGUGUUCUUCAGAUACCAAUCCCUGUAGCGAGAACGCUAUUUGCGCCAAUAAUGACGGCUCGUACAGCUGCACUUGUAAACAGGGGUUCACUGGAAACGGGACGACUUGUGAAGACAUCGACGAGUGUUCUGCAGUUUCCAAUCCUUGUGACGAGAACGCUGAUUGCACCAACAGUGACGGUUCCUACAGCUGUACUUGUAAAGAGGGGUUCACUGGAAACGGGACGACUUGUGAAGACAUCGAUGAGUGUUCUUCAGAUACCAAUCCCUGUAGCGAGAACGCUAUUUGCGCCAAUAAUGACGGCUCGUACAGCUGCACUUGUAAACAGGGGUUCACUGGAAACGGGACGACUUGUGAAGACAUCGACGAGUGUUCUGCAGUUUCCAAUCCCUGUGACGAGAACGCUGAUUGCGCCAAUAAUGACGGCUCCUACAGCUGCACUUGUAAACAGGGGUUCACUGGAAAUGGGACGACUUGUGAAGACAUCGACGAGUGUUCUGCAGUUUCCAAUCCUUGUGACGAGAACGCUGAUUGCACCAACAGUGACGGUUCCUACAGCUGUACUUGUAAACAGGGGUUCACUGGAAACGGGACGGCUUGUGAAGACAUUGAUGAGUGUUCUGCAGAUACAAAUCCCUGUGACAAGAACGCCAUAUGUGCCAAUAAUAUCGGUUCGUACAGCUGUACUUGUAAAGAGGGGUUCACUGGAAACGGGACGACUUGUGAAGACAUCGAUGAGUGUUCUUCAGAUACCAAUCCCUGUAGCGAGAACGCUGUUUGCGCCAAUAAUGACGGCUCGUACAGCUGCACUUGUAAACAGGGGUUCACUGGAAACGGGACGACUUGUGAAGACAUCGACGAGUGUUCUGCAGUUUCCAAUCCCUGUGACGAGAACGCUGAUUGCGCCAACAGUGACGGUUCCUACAGCUGUACUUGUAAACAGGGGUUCACUGGAAACGGGACGGCUUGUGAAGACAUUGAUGAGUGUUCUGCAGAUACAAAUCCCUGUGACAAGAACGCCAUAUGUGCCAAUAAUAUCGGUUCGUACAGCUGUACUUGCAAACAAGGGUUCUCAGGAAACGGGACGUCUUGUGAAGAUAUCGAUGAAUGUUCAGUGGGUUCCAGUCCUUGUGACCAAAACGCUAAUUGCAGCAACAGUGACGGUUCUUACAGCUGUUCUUGUAAAAAAGGAUUCACAGGAGAUGGCACAACGUGUACAGAUAUCGAUGAGUGCUCUUCGGAUACCAGUUCUUGUGACCAAAACGCAGAUUGCACCAACAGUGACGGUUCUUACAGCUGUGCCUGUAAACGAGGAUUUUCUGGGGAUGGUGUAGCAUGUACAGAUAUCGAUGAAUGUUCGGCGGAUACUAGUCCUUGUGACCGAAACGCAAAUUGCACCAACAGUAAUGGUUCCUAUAGCUGUACUUGUAAACAGGGAUAUGCUGGGGAUGGCAUCACUUGUACAGAUAUCGAUGAAUGUUCGGUGGAUACCAGUCCCUGUGACCAAAACGCUUAUUGCACCAACAGUAACGGUUCCUACAGCUGCACUUGUAAGCAGGGAUUUACUGGAGAUGGCAUCACUUGUACAGAUAUCGACGAGUGUUCAGCCGAUAGCAGCAUCUGUGAUAAAAACGCGGAUUGCAGCAACAGUAACGGUUCUUAUAGCUGUGCAUGCAAACAGGGAUUCACUGGAGAUGGUUACGUUUGCCAAGAUAUCGAUGAAUGCGCUCCAGAGACCAACCCGUGCGAUGUGAACGCUAAUUGUUCCAACAGCGAAGGUUCAUACAGCUGCCGUUGUAGAGAAGGGUUUGAUGGAGACGGAAAAAAUUGUAAAGAUUUCGAUGAGUGUUUAACAGAACCUGGUCCGUGUGGUGAUAACGCCAGUUGCAACAACACUGAUGGCUCAUACAACUGUACUUGCAAAAAAGGAUUUACAGGAGACGGCAUUACCUGUGAAGAUAUUGACGAGUGUUCAGCCGACAGCAGCAUCUGUGAUAAAAACGCGGAUUGCAGCAACAGUAACGGUUCUUAUAGCUGUGCAUGCAAAGAGGGAUUCACUGGAGAUGGUUCCAUUUGCCAAGAUAUCGAUGAAUGCGUCUCGGAGACCAACCCGUGUGAUGUUAACGCUAAUUGUUCCAACAGUGAAGGUUCUUACAGCUGCAGUUGUAGAGAAGGGUUUGAUGGAAACGGAAAAACUUGUAAAGAUUUCGAUGAGUGCUCAACAGAACCUGGUCCGUGUGGUGAUAACGCGCAGUGCACCAAUAUUGGAGAUAUUAACGAGUGCUCUGAGGACUCCAGUCCGUGCGACAAGAACGCUGACUGCAUUAAUAGUGAUGGUUCUUACAGCUGCACCUGUAAGAAAGGAUUUGAUGGAGAUGGAAGAAGCUGUAAAGACUUCGACGAGUGCACCUUAGAGCCAAGUGUUUGCGGCGAUUACGCUUCUUGUUUCAAUAGCGACGGUUCUUACAACUGUUCUUGUAGACAGGGAUUUACUGGAAGUAAUGGACGUUGUCAAGAUAUCGAUGAAUGCUCGGCCGUUCCCAGUCCAUGUGACAAAAACGCUAGAUGUUCGAACGUCGAUGGUUCAUACAGUUGUGAAUGUGAAACAGGAUUUACAGGAGAUGGAUCGACAUGCCAGGAUAUCGAUGAAUGUUCUGCGGAUUCCAGUCCCUGUGACGACAAUGCAAACUGCAUCAAUAAUGACGGUUCUUACAGCUGUACUUGUAAACAAGGUUUUGAUGGCGACGGGGAAACUUGUGAAGACAUUGACGAAUGCUCUACGGAACGUAACCCGUGUGACGAAAAUGCUGAAUGUUCAAAUACCGCUGGUUCCUACAGCUGUGCGUGUAAGGCAGGGUUUACUGGGGAUGGAACAACGUGCCAAGAUGUCGACGAGUGUUCAAGAGAGCCCACAGCUUGUGACAAGAACGCCAACUGUAUGAAUACUAAGGGCUCUUACAGUUGUGCGUGCAAACCAGGAUUCACUGGAGACGGAGUAACUUGCCAAGCUGUUACUCCAAAAAUUGAUCUUGGCGUGAUUUUUGCCUCAUUAUCUGAUCCAACAUUGAAGAUCAUGAAAGACACUGUUGAAGUUAUUGUAGACGAAUAUGGAACAAAGAAGACGCGAUACUCCUUAAUCACAUGUGGACAGGAAGCCAGUACCAAGAUCGAUUUCACGGAUAACUUUAGGAACACGCAAGGUUUUAAAGACGCCAUAAACGCGGUAGUGAGACCUGAAGGGACACCAGACCUGAAGAAUGCUCUCGAUCAAGCUAAGAAAAUGUUUGAAAAUGCUCCACCGCGACCGGAUGCCAAGAAGAUCCUGGUAGUUUUGAUUGAUCAAAAGUCAGUGAACUCUCCUCAAGUGUUGUCGGUCUCAGCUAAAGAGUUUGAAGACAGCGGUAUUACUCUUUUGCCCGUGGCUGUUGGUUCUCUUGCAGACUUAGAUGAAUUGUCUAGACUUGCUCCUAGCAAAGGAAUCGUCAUCCAAAUAGACGAUGAUGACGAUGGGAAUGCUAUCGCUCAAAAGAUCAUUAACAAAGGCGUGAAAGGUUCUGAUGAUUGUACCAAAUGCCAUUCUAAGUCAGUUUGUCUUAGUAAAGAUGAUGUCUUCUCGUGCGUGUGCAAAAUGGGGUACACAGGCAACGGUCAGAAUUGUGAAGACGUUGACGAAUGCGAAUUGGGAAUUGAUAUUUGUAACGCUAAUGCUUUUUGUACCAAUAACAUUGGUUUGUACGAGUGCUCUUGUAUGGAUGGAUACAUUGGGGACGGCUUUGAUUGUAGAGAAAGAGAAGAAAGCAUUGGUGCAACUGGAGGCUUCACAGUCAUAAACGAGCAUUUAGCAAUUUCCUGUGGAAAGACACUCAUACAGGUGAUUCUGGAUAAGUCGUUCCUUAUGGGUAUGCGCAGAACUGACGUUCGCCUAAACAACCCGAAAUGCCUCCCAACCGAUAAUGGUACGCAUUUCCUGUUUCAAACAAACUUUACUUCCUGUGGAACGAAGCUGAUAGAUACAGAUAACUUCUUCAUUUAUGAAAACACUAUCCAAGAGAAGCCGCCACAGGGCAUCAUUACGAGGCUAGCAGACGUAGAUAUUCCAUUCAGAUGCUGUUACCUAAAGGAAGUCCAAGCCAGCGCCAUUCAGCUGGAAACCAGCAGAAAAAUUAUCCGAGGCAACGCCUCUGAUGUCGGAAUGUUCGACAUAAACUUGGGAGUCUUCAAAGAUCAGGGCUAUACUCGUCCCUAUGGUGACCAGAGCUUCCCUAUUGGAGUUAAAGUCAAUGAGAGAGUAUUCCUUCAACUUAGUGUCGACUCUGAAGAUCGUCGCUUGGCUGUGCAGGCUCAGCGAUGUCACGCAACUCCUGAUCCAAACCCGAACAGCACCAUACAGUACAAUCUUAUUCUGAAUGGUUGUCCCCAGGAUCCCACGGUGCAAUAUCACCAUAAUGAUGACAACAAAGGCCUUCACCGGUUUAGUGUUCAAACAUUCCAGUUUGUCAACUCACCGGAUCCGUUUGUGUACAUCCACUGCAAGGCCGUGGUUUGCAAUUCAUCAGAUCCAAACUCAGAGUGUUCCAAAAACUGUGACGUACUUCCCAGAAACCGCCAUCGCAGAGCCCUCCCAUAUAGUGCACCUGUGCAUAUCACGUUACUCAGCCAUGGCCCAAUUUGGUUAACGAACACUGAGCGGGUUAAAGAUUCUCCGUGGCAGCACCCCUUGAUUGGUGUAUCUGUUGUUCUUGGAAUGUUUGCUGUGUUGUGCCUUGUGGUGAUUGCAGUUGUCCGUCGCAAAAUGAUCACAGUAAAGAGAGGAUCGUCAGCGGAUGUAUGACAGAAAACAAGAGAGAAUAAUUAUAUUAUUUUUAUAAAUUAUAACGUUAAAGAGGCUGCUAACAGCAAUUAAUGAUCACGCUGAGAUAAGGGGUUUCUGUCUUUCUAAGUUGAAAACUCUUAUUUCUGGGAGUGGUCGAAUUAAAGCGGAAUUGAACAACAAUAUUUUUCGUAAACUGUGAAAGACAUUUACCUAACCACACUUGACAAUACUGCCCAUUUAGAUAUAUUUUGUGAAUUAGAAGCUUUUUAUAGAUUGUUUACAUAAUUUUUUUUACUGUUAAACCUCUGCUUGAUAGCUCUGACAUGAAAGGUCUCCCCGCAGAAAUAAAAGUGUCUCCAAAGUUAUUUGAGGAGUGACUAAUUUGAAUAAAAUCUCCUAUCUCCAUAUAAGCUUGGUUGAAAAUAAAACAAAGGCAGCGAAAUUAUGAGCUUUUUUGGGAAUUUGAAAUCCCCUUUGAGUAGGUAAAGCACAAGACUUACCCACGCUAUUGUAACCUUAUGGACACGUUCUCAUAGCAAACUCUUUGGUAAAGAACUUGUUAAUUUAAAAGUCUUCCUGAUGAGUUGUGGUUGGUUAGGAAAUUCACUGAACCUUUUCUUGUUGUUGAGCCGAAUUUAUGUUAGCUUCAUUUUAGAGAAACCCCUAUUGCUGCAAUGUUUUAUAUAUUUAACGACAGGUAACACAUGACAGGUGCACGAGAUUUUGUUUGCCUUCACUUUCAAAGACGUGAACUUAAAAAUAAAGAGGA